AUGCUUUCCUGGCCUGUGACUUUUGGCAAAGCCACCUCCAGAGUAGGUCGAACCAUAGCAGAGCAAGGCCUGACAAGCACCGAUCCUCGGGAUUUCUUAGGGCGAGGAGUCUUUGCGACCCAAGACAUUCCCCGCAGCACCGUCGUCGAUGUCAGCCCCGUGUUGAUUUUCAGUGAGGAUGAGGUCGAGAACCACACCAAGCACACCCGUCUCCAACAUUAUACCUACUACUGGCCUUCCGAGUCCGGCCGCACCAUGACCCAAGCGCUCGCGCUGGGGCUGGGGUCAAUGUUCAACCACUCACUCCGAGGCCAGAACGUGGGUUGGAAACGCAACACCGAGACAGAUGUUAUCGUGUAUACCACGCUGCGGGACAUCAAAGCCGGAGAGGAGCUUUGCAUCUCGUACGGAAGUGCACGCCUGUGGUUUGACGACGCCGAUGCCUCUCCCGACGCCGUGCUGGGGGAUGAUGAGUUAGACACGGGUGGAGAAACAUUGGCCGAGUUAGAGUUGAGUGGGCUGGGAAAGAUGGAUCUAUAG